CAAAAUGAAAAUUAGUUCCACGAGAUACUUGCUGCGUUGCGGUACGUUUAACGAAGUACUAACGGAAUUUCAAAGUGUUUAUAUGAAUUUUAAAUUUCUAUAAAACUUCGUCGUUAAGAAACGACGUAAAAGAGUUUAAGAAAAAAACGAAUAAAUAGUUUGUACGUGAAACAUGGUUUAAACCGCAAAAACGAAUGUUUUAAAAAAAGAGAGAACGACAAACGAACGCAUUUAGCAAAAUAAAAAACAAAAAUUAGUGCAAAAACAAAAAGGUUUCUUUCGAACAAUAAGCCAAGUUAACAACAUACAAUAAAUAUCUGUUAAAUAUUGUUUGUGGUAGUUGUGAUUUGCUCAAAUUUGGCAUUGUUGUUGCAGAUUUCUUCUCGAGUUGUUUACCGAAAUUUUUGUGAUUUUGUUUUUUUUUUCUGAAAUUUUUUGGCAACUUUUUCUGUUUAACUCUGGCUUUUUGUAUGUGAGUGUAGCUGUGUCUGUAUAUUCUGCCAGUUUUUAUAUUAAACUUGAUUUUAUAGAAAACAAAAUAAACAACGACAACAACCAUAAUACAACAAAUACAUGAUUGAAAUAAAAAAAUCCCAUAAAAACAAAAAAAUAUUUAAAGUGUUUAAAAAAAACAAAGUUUUUUUCUUUAGAGAAAAUUUAAAAUAAAACAUGAAAUAUUAAAUUUAAAAAAAAAUAUCAUACCAUUGCAAACCUCUUUUGAAACCAAAAUCUAAAGUAUUUGAUAAAUAAAUAACAAAGUAUCGAGUUACUUUAUUUAUAUUGUCCUGGAUUAAAUAUAUCUAAAGUACUCGAUGUUGUUUGUGGCCAUUUAAAUAAGAAAAAAAAACAUACAAUUUUUAGAAACAUGAGUGUUUAAAUUGUUAAAAAGAGAAUAUUUAAAAAAUACCAAAAGUUAAAAGAAAAAAAAUUAAAGAAAAUUGUUUGAUUAAAAAGAAAGCAUUUGAAUAUUUAGCAACAUGUUGGAUAAAUCUAAUAACAGUUACUGUGCCAUGGAUUAUGAUGUUCCAGUCACUAGACCUACAAAAAUUAUGAAGAAACUCUAUGCCAAAGCAUUAUAUGAUAAUAUAGCUGACUCACCCGAUGAAUUGGCCUUCAGAAAGGGCGACAUACUUGCUGUCAUUGAACAGGACACUGAUGGUCUCGUUGGUUGGUGGCUGUGUACAUUACGCGGUCGUCAGGGUCUUUGUCCUGGUAAUCGUUUGAGAAUUUUAAAUUCAUACGAUUCGGGUUGUUUUUCACCAUCGCCAGCCUCUUCGCCCUGUCCCUCGUUGGCAGCCAGUACAGCCACUUUAAAUAGUUCAAUUUGUUCGGCGGACAUUUAUGAAAAUACCUCGAUAAACAGUGGCUCCGGCAGUAGUGCCAAUGGUAGUGGCAGCGGUUAUAUUAGCGCCAGUCAAAGCAACAUAACAACCACAUCUUCAACAAGCUGUACAACAGUAACCAGCAACUCCUCAAACUUGCAGCAGCAGCAGACACAACGACAGGGUACACGAAGGUCAUGGCAUGUGUCACCCAACAAGGUCAUUACACCCCAAAGGCAUGGUGAUGUUUAUAUCUACAAUAUACCACAACAAUAUCAACAACAGUCACAUUCACAACAACAUUUAUCGGCACCAGCAGCAACAGCAGCCGCCUGCCAUCAACAAAUCUAUCAAAAUCUUCCAGGAAAAUCAACAUCCACAACAAUAAAUAACGAAUUUGAAACAUACGAUAUACCAAAACCAGCUGUACCCGUUAACUACGAUUCACCACGUAAUCUACAGCGUAAUAUGGCUCAUUUACAGGCAGCAGCAAUGAAAAAUUGUUCCACACCCAUUCAAGAGGAAAACUAUGAUGUACCAAGACCUUUAACAUCACUGCUGCAACAUCAACAUACUCUAACACCGAGUAGUUCGAAUUCAUCGCUAUUGACUAGUGAUAGUCUGUCGUUGUCUUUUUCGUCCUCAAAUCGUUCUUCUUUGGCUAAUAUGCCUGAUUAUGAUAUACCCAGACGUAAUCCUUUGCCGGUUAGGGCGGUGUUGCAACAACAACAACAGCAGCAACAACAACAACAGCAAACGAGACCUUUGUCCAGAGCUUCCAUUAAUGGUAAUUGUUCAACGUAUGAUUUUCCUUUGCCCACAAAUGGCAUGGACAAAUCUAAUUUUAUGAUGAGCCAGAAUCAGGGUAUAACUAGCACCAAAGAGUUGCCAUUGGAAUUGACAUCAGCGUUGGAAACGUUGGCUAAGCUACAAUCGGAGACAACAACUGCUAUAACUAGACUCCUAGCAUUUGUAUCACCCGAUUGGCGCAGCCGUGACAAAUUAGAACCCGUACUAAUGGAAGUAAAACUAGCUGCUGUUCGCUUACGUACAGCUCUACAUGAUCUUGCUGAAUUUGGAGAAGGAGCUCUGGGUAAUGCUUCCAAAUCAGAAGAUCGUACUCUAGCACAAAAACUUAAACCCAUUAUCAGAGCCUUAAGAGAUGCCAAUAAAUUAGUGCAUGAUUCGUGUGAAGUAUUAGAGGCUAAUGGCGGAUGGUCUUUAGAACAUUUGGUACGCACAGAUGAUAAGUCCUUGUGUAAACCACCCGAUAGUUUAGAUCGUUUAAUAGCCUGUGCUCAAACAUUAACCGAAGAUGUACGCUCAACCACCUCGUUCAUACAUGGCAAUGCUUCAUUGCUAUUUAAGAGACAACUAACAGAAGUGGCCGAAGAAACCGGAACACCGCAAUCAACUUCAGUACCCCAAACACCCACAGGAUUGGAUCGUAAUUCCUCAGAAUGGUUAGAGGAUUAUGAUUAUGUUUCAUUUGAGUCUAAAGAUGCGGCGGCACGUAAGAAUUCGGUACUAAGGGAAGCCAUACCUGAGAACCUUAAGAACAAGUUUGAUACUGUGCUCAAGGCAGCUGAGAACACGGUCAUAACCACCGCCAAUGCAGCCACUACACCAAAUGGCAAAAAACCACAAAUGGAAUUGACAGACAAGGAUAAAAUGCUGGUGCGCUAUUAUGCUGUACAAAUUACCACCCAUAUGGGUAAUCUAAGUCAAGCCAUUGAUUCUUUUCUCGAGACAGUGGAGAAAAAUCAACCACCCAAAUUCUUUAUAGCCUAUGGCAAAUUUGUAGUGGUCAGUGCCCAUAAUCUAGUGACCAUAGGCGAUAUAGUGCAUCGUAAUGUUUCCAAACAAGAUUUGAAAGAGAAAAUCUUACGUUGUACCAAUAACUUGGCGGAAGCUUUAAAGACCUGUGUAUUGAAAUCUAAACAAGCAGCCGCUCAUUUUCCCAGUGUCACUGCCGUUCAAGAAAUGGUCGAUUCUGUGGUCGAUAUCAGUCAUUUAGCGUCCGAUUUGAAAACGGUUAUGUUGCAUGCAGUACAGUUGACUAUAUAAUUGAAAAUAGAGUGAAAAAGAAAAAGAUUCGUGUAGAGACUUUAAAAAAGUCUUCCAGCUAUUUAGAAUUAGAAAAAAAAGCUUUUUCAAAAGUUUUCUUUUUUUCGUUAUUUUUCGCAAUGAACUUUUUACUACCGAAAAGGAUGAAGUUUAUACAGGUCUGAAGGUUCCAUUAAAAGUAUCUGGUGGUAACAAAAUUCAUAUAAUAAAAUUAAAUUUAUACUUAUAUAGUCUGAAAUCAGCGUAUCGUUCCUUAUUAAAUAAAUCAUUAAAGAAAAAAACAAAUACCAGCAAAUUUAUACAAAAAAAAAAAUAAAACAGUAAAAAAGAAAUUAUUUCUUAAAACAAGGCAAAAUAUUUAAACAAAAUAUCAAUAAUUUAAAUUUUAAUUUGUGAUAUAAAACGACGAAAAAAUUUAAUUUAAAAUAAUACUGGGUUUAAUUUGUUAUCAUGGGAAAGAGGAAAAGCUUAAGGGAUCUUGAAUGAAAAAAUUAUACAAAAUUUGCUAAUGAGUUAAAAGAGAUUUGUAAGUCCAAACUAAAAUUAAAGCUUUUUUGUUUUAAUCACAGUGGUCGGCAGAAAGAGUACCAAAAAAACUAGCAGAGAUCUGAUCUUAAUUACACAAUCGUUAUCUAAUAUUAAAAGCUCAAAGGCUUAAAAAAAGAAGAGACACUAAGCUUUAUGUUAAUGAGUUAAGAGAGAACUGUGAGUCCAAACUAAAAUUAAAGCUUUUUCGCUUCAAUGGGCAGAAGGAGAAUCAAAAAUUAACAU